UAUAAUAAUGAUUAAGGGGAAUAGCUAUAAAUUUUGAUAUUGGUAUUGAAACUGAGGAUGAUUACUGUGUGCCCAAAAUUAUGAAUUUUAUUUGGUUUGGAGAAAUGGUUUCGAUAAAGUACCAGGAAAAUAUUAUAAGAUGCGCGAACUUGAACCCAGAUUAUCAGGUUCAGCUCUGGACAGAGAUUAUUACGGAAGAAUUAAAAUCUAACUUUUCUAAUGUUCACUUAAUUGAUAUCAAUAAGGAAAUAUCAGAUUUUCAGACUUAUGAAUGGUUGUUAAAUGAGACGAACAAAGGUUCAAAAUCAGACAUUUUACGAUAUGAGAUCAUCUAUAAAAGCGGGGGUGUUUACUUUGAUACGGAUACAAUAUGUGUUGAACCUUUAAAUGAUUUACUGACGGCAAGCUUUGUAGUUCUAUCCCCAACACCGUGGAAUAAUCUGUCCAAUGGGGCACUAGGCUUUCCUAAAGGAUCCAGGUUUUUGAAAUAUGUUUUAGAUGCCUUAAUACUCAAUAUAAAAAAGAAUCCGAAUGCUGUUGUGACCUCGAAAACCGGACCACCGUUUUUCACUGGUUGUUUUACAAAUUACAAUGAUUCGAAUAUUAACAUGAUAUUCUACGAACAUCUAAUCAUCAAUACAAACAACAGUAUUGUUUACCAGACACUAGAUGCUUCUUGGAUGGGAAAAUAAACAGUGCUCAGAUGAAAGAACUGGUUUGCCUUUCAAUGACAAAAGAUUGAAGACAAGACAAAAUGUUAAUUUAAUGAUAACCUUAGAGUGGGAAUAGUAUACAUGACAAGACUAGAAAAGUAGUUUAACUAUCCAUGUCUAGUUCAGUAACAUUUCCUUCGCUGCAGUACAAUAUAUCUCUUAAUAUCUCAAGUUUUACGACAAGGGUCCGGGGAGUGGAUACAUUACGUCAAUUUACAUUUCGUCAAUUAAUACAAUUCGUCAACUGUAACAAUGGCCUAAAAUUUGGUCAACUUUCAAAUUUGAAAGCUUGAUACCCACUGUCCCAGCUUGAGUACCAACUUAACAAAUCCGCUAACUUCGCAAAAACUCAAGAUUUCAGUUAGUUCUCAGAUUCAACAUGGAAAACUGGACUCGGGCUAAUUUAAUCUUGUCCAGCAGGAAAAAGAACAUUUUGGUAGAUCAUCAGAACUUUGAGUUUAAACGUGAGAGUGAAAAUGGUGCCAGAUACUACGUGAUUAUUGGGAUGUACCGCAACUGCUAUGGGUCAGGUCGCAGGAGUUUAAGAAUGGAGGGCUUACAGAUAUCUCUCCAGAACAAUACUCGAGCAAGGAGUUCAUGUUUGGUCUUCAGAGGAGACUAAACUAAUGUAACGGCUGUUAUCUGUCAGUUUUAUUUUUACAGUUUACCAUAUACAAUUUCUAAAUAUAUGUAUAAAUGUAGAAACCUUGUAAAUCAAAUUGACCAAAUUUAUAUGUGUUUGUAUUAGUAGACCAAAUGUAUUGGGAUGAAAUGUAUCAGUUGACGUUUGGUAACAGUUGACCAAAUGUAGUGAUUGACCAAAUGUAAGGUUUACCAAAUGUAAAAUUGACCAAAUGUAUGGUCCGGGGUAUAUAUUUUCAUUAAUGAUUUUUGGCACUCUUCACACACAAAAGCUUUAUAACACAUCAUUCCAAAAUCAUACAUGGAUGAUUUUAUGAAAUGUUUGUGUACUUGUCUAGCUUGAGGAAUUAGUUACUUAUAGAUAUAAAAAGCUUUUUUUAAAAAGCAGAAAUAAAAAUAAAAGUUAAUUUUUA